UUUGUCAGAAUACAAGCUAUUUGCUUGGCAGCCAUGAUGACCCUCAACUUUCUCUUCCUCCUGCCUCUCUUGUUUUGGGGCAUAAUGGCUCAGUGCCCCUCAGCAGCUGACCUGGUGAAUGACAGCGGGGAGAAACUCUGUGCCCGCAUGUUUGAACACAGCAACAUGUACUUUGAUCAGUCGUGCGGUGGUAAUUUUCUCGACGUCAAGAAUGGUGAUGACUUCCCUUACAUGCCUCUGGGAUGGGGAAACAAGAUUUCAUCGCUGGUUGUUGGAAACCGCUGUACCCUGAAAGUGUGGAGCAAAGCAGGCAAAACUGGCAAUAACCGUUCUUUCUCUGCUGGGAUUGUCUACCAACUGAAGGACUAUGCCAAUGGCCUGUUUGGGGACUGGAAUGACGCAAUCCAAGGCUAUUAUUGCACCUGUUAAAAAGAACAUUUAGAGGACUCCGGGGAAGGUGAUUUGUUGAACAAUUAACCAUUCCAUGUCAUUAAACAAUUAGUGCUGUA